AUGAAAUCAGAUCAAGAACUUUUGCGGACGCUGGAAGUAAAUAAAGAAGUUCAUCUCAGGAAAGCUGAGGUGUUCAAAACUAAGUUGGCUGAGGUUCAGAAAUCAGUAGAUCCUUCAGAAAUGAUAAUAUGCUUUGACUACGAAAAGAACCUGCCUUUACCUGUAACUAAUGCACAAGAUGAAUAUUACGUCAGUCAGUUAUGGCUGCACGUUUUCGGCAUUCACAACUUGAAAACUCAUAGAACAACAAUGUAUACUUACACUGAGAACUUUGCUCACAAAGGACCAAAUGAAGUUAUAACAUGUUUGAGUGAUUAUAUUAUGACAAACGAGGAUCAUCAACAGAGAAAGCUAAAAAUAUUUUGUGACAAUGCAUUUAGCCAAAAUUAA